AUGCGAUUGGAUUACUUGAAGGUGCGUCUCCGUCGCUCCUUGGUCCACUCGAUGAUCUUGCUGCUCGUCGCGGCCGUCGUCUCCGCCAAGGAACUCGCCCGCUGCGAGUAUUCAGAAGAGCGCAUCGUCAACGAAUGUCUCCAGGUGAAGUUCAGCUUCUGAGCACUCGAUUCUCCGAAAAACUUCAAAAAAUAGUACAGAUAGCAGCUUGAAAGUUCAAGAACGUGGAAUGUUAACAUAAAUAAACGGCCAAGAAAGAAAAAAGAUUUCUAUGAAUCUCACUUUUGAACCCAAUCUUUGGUAGAUCACGAAAAUAUUUCAUCAAAAAUUUUAUUUCUUUUUUUCUUUAUGAAUUAUCGAAUAAAAAUCAAAAAAUUGCCGGCCAGAACAGAAACUAUUCGAGUUUUGGAGGACGUGUUUUGCGUACCGCCAGUUUUUCCCAUUUCUUUUUUUUUCGUUUAAAUGCCCUUCACUCCAGGAUUUUCAAAUUGAGACAGAAAAGGUUCCAGAAAACCAAAAUUCUAAAAAUUGAAAGUUUGCUGGAUUGUUUUGAAAAACUUUUUGAGAGGCAACACAAUGUUUUUUUUGGAGUUUGUCUUUCUUUGGAGUUUUGCUUAUUUAAAGCUUGUCGAUCUUCUUUUACUCUGAAAACAAAUUCUAAACUUUUUUUUUCCAAUAAACUCUAAAAUAUUUUGAUUCUUGUUUCCAUAUGGAAAAAAAUGAAGUUAGAACUUGACGAUUCUUGAGCGACCCGCAACGACGUUUAGAAUAAUUUUGUUUUCUAAACUCAAUUUAGAAGAAGUGGACUACCGUGAAGUUUUGUUCUUGAGGCUUUUUCUCAGAAAAAAUUCAUUCAUUUUUUUCUGGUUUAUUUUUUUAAAAAAAUGAAUAUUUCAUGAAAAACUCUUAACAAAUUAUAAUAGACCAAAAACAUAUUUUAAUAAUAUAGAAACAUUUAUUGAACGCUUUCUAUUCUUUUUGAUUACAUAUAAGAUGAUAAUAUCCUCUUUUUAUCACUAGUUUAAGUCAUUAUAAUAAACUUUCAGCCGAUGCUUCAGUACGCGACGAGACUUCAGUCCGAAGCAGGAGCCGUGCAGUUUCCGCUGCAAGGCGGACGCGUUUUCAACGAGCUUUGCACAAUUUACACUGACUUCAAGGUAAUUGCCUUUUCCGUUUCCUUGCAGUUUAUAUAUGUAAGUGUUCAGAAGUGCGUGGAGCGCGUCCAAUGCGAUUCUUUGUCGAUUGACGCCGUCGACGCCUCCUACGGCUACAUGUGCGGCAGCGGACAGCAUUUGUUCCAGCAACACGCUUCCUGCUUCGCUCAGGUUUUUUCUCCUUCCAAAAGUUUUUUUUGGCGCGUUCAGCUUCCUCUUUCUCAACUUAUUUAUGCAUAACCUGCAGGUCGAAUCCGAAGUUUCCUACAUAAGUUGCAAGACCGCGGCAACACAAGCAAUUUCAGAAGCUCAAAAAUCAAAGGUGCGAGUUUUUGAAUCAAAUUUUCCAAGUAUCAAAUGCCAUUUGCAGGCAAAAUCAACAGAAUUAUACCUUUCGGAGAUGUGCCGAGCAAUGGACGGCUAUCUGAGAUGCUCCCAUCCGAUUAUAGUUUCGAAAUGUGGUACUAGUGCUUGGGACCUUGUUUCAACGGCAAGUCCUAUCUUAUGAGUUCAAAACCAGUGCAAAGUUCAGGUCACGAGAGACAGCCUCGGUGUGACAAUGCCCGACUGCGACAUGCAUGCCGUUCUUUUCUAACCCCAAAAAUUACGAGUUCAAACCUUCCUGAAAAUAAAGACUUUUCAAUUGCUUCCAAAUUAUAUUUGAUUAAAUACAAAUAAGAAGAAUAAGAGACUAAUGUAGCGAAAAAGAAGAAAAUUAUCAUUCGUCCCACACAUAAACAAAUUCACAAAAACAGAAACGAAAAACGUCAAAGAUUGCGCUCAAAAUCUUUAAAGUUUUAGAAAACAAUGAUGGUAAGGCACACAAUUUAAACAAGAUGCAGGGCCGAGAGACUCGACGACUUUACGACAAAGACUUUCCGCGAUUCUCCACAAAUGUUUCGUUUGUCGCGUCUCCUCUCUUCUAGUGCUUAUCACGCUCUUUUUUUUUUGAGACGCCUCUAAUCCUCACAUCGUUCUUAGUACGAAAAAAAUCGAGUCGAAAAAUAGUUCAGUUUUUCGACCAAUGAUUUUUUUCAAAAAUGUUUUCCGCUAGAUUCAAAAUUUUUCCGCUUAAAAAAAUAAAUUUUCAAAUAAAUUUACAUCAUUCAAUGAAGUAACCUAACAAGGAUAACCUUGACUAAAGCGCAUCAUAGAAAACAGUGGUAUGAUAUUCAUAAAUACUUUUCAUUAAAAUAAAGACCAAAAAACGAAAAAAAAAUGUGAAAAAAGAAAAAAGUAAAUUCGAUUUGAAGAGAACUUGGUAAAGUCGCUCUCUGAUAAACCCUCAAGCGGCGCAGCGAAUGACUCCUUCAGUGUUUUUAUUAUGUUUUUGUUUUUUAGUCUUUUUUUCUUAUUCCAUUUAGUUUCUCAUGCACUUUUUAUUUGCGAGAAAAAAACAUGAUCAUCAGUACAUAUUUGAAGUGGCAAUUAUAUCACGAGGGCUUUUCGCACUUUUCUUCAUCGAUUCUUUGUAAUACAUGCUUCUUAAACAGUCGUUUUUCUUGCUGAAUUUUUCAUUUUAGAUGCAUUUCACGAGACGGCUGCUCGGGCCGUUUGUGGGGACUUUGUCUAAAAAGCUUGAUUACUAUAGGUAAAUUCAGAAGACCUCCCACUGAACUGUAUAUUUUUAGCCAGUUCCAACCGUCUUCACUCAGUAUUCAGCAGUACUUGGAUUUUGGAAGGAUAGGUACAGCAGCCACUUCAUACAGUUUUCUGAAAAAUGAGCUUCUUGUUAGGCUAGCUAACAUUAUGCAGGUAAACUUUUCAUAUAAUAACUCAUUUGACCUCUCUUAAUAUCAGGAGUUUACGCUUUUGCCGCCGAAGCUUCUACAGAUGCCUAGCUCGAAAAUGGUGUCCAACUGGUAUGCGGAGAGUUUCGAGGACCUAUUGCAGUUUGAAAGCUCCUCAGACACGGCGGAAAGUGUGGCAAAGUUAGUAAUUCCUUAGAAAAGUGUUUCCAAAUUGAUUUACAGGUUUAACGACCAGUUAUCGAUCAUCUUGAAACGACACGCGCACGUCGUGGAAACAAUGGCCGAGGGGCUUAUCGAGCUGAGGGAAAGCGACGGCGUCGACAUCGCCAGUGAAAAAGGUUUUUGAUGAAAGUAAUGUGUUUUGAAAAUUUUUUUUAAAGGUAUUCAAUACUUCUUGGACAGAUUUUACAUCAACCGCAUCUCCAUUAGAAUGCUGCAAAACCAACACUUGGUAUGUUUCUCCGAAGCGUAAAAAUCAUUGUGGAAGGUCGUAUUCGGCAAUGUUUUACCCGAAAGUCCUCGCCAUGUCGGCUGCAUCGACCCGGCGUGCAACGUCGAGAGUGUCGUAUAUGAUGCUUUUGAGAACGCCAGGUCUUCCUUUGCUUUUUCUCGUUCCAAGGUGCAAAUCCAAGGAUUUCAGAUUUCUCUGUGACCGUUAUUAUCUCACGAGUCCGUCGAUGAAGUUGGAAAUGCACAACGCCGUCGAAAAAGGCAAACCGAUUUCCGUGGUCGCCGUCCCCAGUCAUCUUUAUCACAUCAUGUUCGAGCUUCUCAAGGUUUUUUUUAAAAAUUAAUUAGUUUAAUGCAGUUGGCAGCGAUGUUAUUAAGAUUAAUUAACUUUGAAUAUCGUCAUCAAUAUUUUAAAUUGUGAUACUUUAGCAAGUUAUCACGUUAUCAAAGCUUUUUGAGUUCUAUUCUAAUUCAUAUUUUAAUUAAUUAGCUCCUUUUUGAAAAUUUUCUUGGUCUUCGACUUUUAUUUUGCAUGCGUUCAGCUUUGAAAAUUUACGAAAAGGCAGCAAAGUUUUCUCAAAGAUACACUAAGAAUGAAUUUCGAAAAAAUUAGUCUUCGUUUUUUAAUGAUUUGAUCAAAUACAAAUUUUUCGUAGAUGUUCGAUUAUAUUGGGAAUGAGGCCAUUAAAAUUCUUCCCGUUGAUGAAAGCACGUAUUGCCGAAAAAUAUUUUAAUCUUGCUGUGAGAAAUACGUUCUUUCGAGAAAAACAAGAAAAGACGGAAGAUUAUCAAUAUUUUGUUCUUUUUUGAAACUCAGUUCGAUAACUUUUAAGAAUGCGAUGCGGGCCACAGUAGAGUUCCACGGGGUCGACGACGAUCUUCCAGAAAUCAAAGUUUUCGUCGUGAAAGGCAACGAAGAUCUUUCGAUUAAGGUCCAUUUUUCAGAAUUGCCGAUCUCAACAUGAUUUUGCAGAUUUGCGAUCGAGGAGGGGGCGUUUCCAGAACGAUUCUCGAACGUCUCUACAAUUACAUGUACUCGACGGCUCCGCCACCGCCCAGAGAUGGGACUCAAGCACCGCUGGUUAGUUUUUUUCAUGAUGUGAAAUCUUGUGAACUCGCUCUUCUACUCAGAAGACAGAGCGAAGCUAAAAUGAACAGAUUAAACUGAAGAAAGGAUGCAGGCUUUGUAGAAUUUAUGAAGCAUCAGACUAAAGGUAAAAUAUUUGGGAGGCCCGUUAGAAAUUAGCGGUAGUAUUGGAGUUCAUUUCAAUGUAGAACAUGGUAAAAAUAGAUAGAUAGAAAAAAUAAGAAUUAUCACCAAUGUUUAUUCAUGAAUGAUCUCUUGAAGUCAUAACUUGAUUAGUCUUUGAGAUUACAGAGAGAUCCAACAUUGAAAGUCAUAAAUUGAAAAAUACGAAUCGGUAAACGCUCAUUUUUAACCGACAAACCUGAGAAUAUUAAGUUUGGUUUGAAAAUUUCAGUUCCUAGAUAACCUCGAAACAACUUUUUCACCUAUCAAAACCCGAUUUUUUAAGAUUACCCUUCAAUGAUUUUUUAAUAGUUUUCCUGGAAAUUUUUGAUUUUUUCUACGAUCCGAACAGAAAGUCAAGCGAAAAAAAUAUUUGCUGAUCUUUUGUGAGCUCACCAAGAAUCUCAAUUAUCUUCAUCCUAAAGAAAUUUCAGAAUAAUUUUUGCUGGAGAUUUUAUCGCUUUUUAAAAUUCGUUAAUAUAUUAUCUACUCAAAAUAUUGAUUUUCAGAUGUUUUUCAAAGGAAACCUGAGAAAGAAUGCGAUUGAUAGUUUUUUUCAUGAAUUGGUUGGAAAUAAAAAUUUGAAUCUUUGGUUUUCUAGCAAAAAAAUGUUUUUUUCUUGAUGAGAAUUUUUCAGGCUGGAUACGGCUACGGUCUUCCACUUUCUCGACUUUAUGCGCGUUAUUUCUUGGGUGAUCUUUUUCUGGUUUCAAUGGAAGGACAUGGAACUGAUGCGUGCAUUUACUUGAAGGUUUGUUGGUUUUUUUUAUAAUUGGGUGUCUUUGAAAAAAAUGGUGUUGUGUAUUUCUAGAAUUAUUUUUGAAACUUCUACCUUUUUUUUCAAUUUGAAGACUUUUCCUUAGAAAGUUGAUCGGAAAAAUUUUUUCUUUUUCUCCUUCUAUUCUUUUUUCAUCAAUCAAGUGUUAAUAAGACUUUGAAAGUAGCCCAUUCGCCAUUACUGCUUUUAAUUUUUAUAAAUUUUCCUUGGAGCAUGAUUUUUCCGAAAAGAAUUCAAUUUUUGCGCUUGCAUCACAUGAUAAUUAAAAUAAAUAAAACUUUUGUUUCAAUAGUUUUCGAGAAUUUCAUCUUUAAAUAUCUUUUAAUCUUGUUGGUAUAUAGUUUUUCUCAGGCGGUACCGGUCGAAGCGAGUGAAGUUCUUCCCAUCUACAGUACUUCUUCGCGGCGAAACCUGACAAUGGGUCCGCAGGUCGCAGAUUGGUCCCAUCACGUUCCUGGACAAGGAAAUCGACCAGCACAAUAG